AAAUACAAACAUUAGCCGGGUGUGGUGGUGGCGGGCGCCUGUAAUCCCAGCUACUCAGGAGGCUGAGGCAGGAGAAUCGCUUGAACCUGGGAGGCUGAGAUUGCAGUGAGCCGAGAUUGCACCACUGUACUCCAGCCUGGUCACAGAGUGAGAUUCCGUCUCAAAAGAAAAGAAAACAACAACACUUGUUCUACAAAGCAAGGUGGUGGUUUUACAGUGAAAAUUGAAAAGUAGCUGAACUGCUGGAAUUGACCAUACACUUUCUUAAAUAUUCUUUUCCGAGCAGGUAAAUGGAUUAGACUGGAAUCUUGCAACUACACAAUAAGGGACUUCCUGAAAUCUUAUUUUCUGAGGAACUAAACAAUUUCAGUGGUUCUUGAAUUUUUGGUGGUUUUAAAAUGAUACUCUUCUUUGAUCAGCUCAUAGAAGCACACUGUUUAUUCUUGGCACUAGAUAUGUGUCAGAUACGGUUCCAUGUGCUGGGAAUCCAGCCAUGAACAAACCAGACAGAAAAUUCCUGACUCUUGGAAUUUACUUCCUAGAGAAGGGGAACAGACAGUAAAAACAAGUAAUAUAGGAUUGUGCGUAGAAAUAAAGUUGGGGAUAGGUAGAUUGUUACUUCAAAGUAGGAUAGCCGGGAGCUAAGGAGACAUUUCAGCAGAGACUGGAAGAAGGUGAAGGUGCAAGCCAUUCAGGUAUCUGAGAAAGAGCAUUCCGGGUCGAGGGAGCAGCAAAUACAAACCCUAAGAGGGAGACCCGCCUGGUGUGUUCCUGGAAAGCAAGGGGACCAGUGUGGUUAGAAUGUAGUAAAUGAGGAAGAGACCAGAGGAGAGAAAGUCAGAAGGAUGGGGGUGAAGGACAAAUUUUAAAUGACUUGUAAGGCUAGGCUUUUUUUUAAUGGACUUUUGCUGUGUGCCACUGGAGGAUUUCAGCCAUUUGAAAUUGGAUAGAAUUAAAAUUUAAUUUUAUUAGAUAAAUUUUAAAAGAAUCAUUCUGGUUGCCAAGUCAUGAAUAGACUUGGGUCUCCAGGUAAGGAUGGAAGCAAGCCGAGUAAUUAGGAGGAUAUUAUCAUUUCAGUUUGGAUCAUGUUAGUAGUGGCAGAGAUAAUGAGAACUAGUCAGUUGUGAAGAUAGUGCCAAUGGGCUUUCCCAGUGGAUUGGAUGUGAAAUGUGAAAGAGAGGCAUCAAGGAAAACACCAGUUAUUUUUAGCCUGGUAUCUGGAAGGAUGGAUUAAUUCCAGGGAAUAUCAGCGGUUUUGUUGUUGUUGGUUGUUCUUUAGUUUUGUUUUGGUGGGAGGUAGUGAGGAUUUAUAGAGAUUAGGAGUUGGUUUUGGGUAGGCUAGGUUUGAGAUGCCUGUUAGACAUCCAAGUGGAGAUGUUGAUGAGUAACUGAAUAUAUAUCUUGAGUUUAUGGGAAAAGUCCAGGCUGAAGAUACACAUUUGGGAGCUAUCAAUGUAUAGAUGGUAUUUAAAGCGAGGAGAACCGAUUGCUAUCUCCCAGACAAUUUAGAUACAGGAGAGAAGAGGUCCCAGGGACCAUACCCUGGAUUCUCCAGUGUUAAUGGUUGAGGAGAGAAACAAGAGCCAGCAAAAGAGACUGAGAAGGAGCAGCCACAUAAAUAGAAGGAAGCCAGAUGUUUUAAGCAGAAGAGAAGCAGAAGAGGAUAAUCAGCUAAGUCAAAUGCUGCAAAUAUGUCAAGCUUUCAGACAAGCUGCAGGAAUUCCGGGGAUUACUCCAACUGAAGAAAAAGAUGGUAAUCUUCCAGAUAUUGUGAAUAGUGGAAGUUUGCACGAGUUCCUGGUUAAUUUGCAUGAGAGAUAUGGGCCUGUAGUCUCCUUCUGGUUUGGCAGGCGCCUCGUGGUUAGUUUGGGCACUGUUGAUGUACUGAAGCAGCAUAUCAAUCCCAAUAAGACAUCGGACCCUUUUGAAACCAUGCUGAAGUCAUUAUUAAGGUAUCAAUCUGGUGGUGGCAAUGUGAGUGAAAACCACAUGAGGAAAAAAUUGUGUGAAAAUGGUGUGACUAAUUCUCUGAAGAGUAAUUUUGCCCUCCUCCUAAAGUCAAGGUCUUGCACUGUUGCCUGGGCUCAAGUGCAGUGGCACAAUUAUAGCUUACUGGAGCAUCGAAUUCCUGAGCUGAAGGGAUCCUCCUGCCUCAGCCUCCUUUCAGAAGAAUUAUUAGAUAAAUGGCUCUCCUACCCAGAGACCCAGCAUGUGCCCCUCAGCCAGCAUAUGCUUGGUUUUGCUAUGAAGUCUGUUACACAGAUGGUAAUGGGUAGUACAUUUGAAAAUGAUCAGGAAGUCAUUCGCUUCCAGAAGAAUCAUGGCACAGUUUGGUCUGAGAUUGGAAAAGGCUUUCUAGAUGGGUCACUUGAUAAAAAUACAACUCGGAAAAAACAAUACGAAGAUGCCCUCGUGCAACUGGAGUCUGUUUUAAGGAACAUCAUAAAAGAACGAAAAGGAAGGAACUUCAGUCAACAUAUUUUCAUUGACUCCUUAGUACAAGGAAACCUUAAUGACCAACAGAUCCUAGAAGACAGUAUGAUAUUUUCUCUGGCCAGUUGCAUAAUAACUGCAAAAUUGUGUACCUGGGCAAUCUGUUUUUUAACCACCUCUGAAGAAGUUCAAAAAAAAUUAUAUGAAGAGAUAAACCAAGUUUUUGGAAAUGGUCCUAUUACUCCAGAGAAAAUUGAGCAGCUCAGAUAUUGUCAGCAUGUGCUUUGUGAAACUGUUCGAACUGCCAAACUGACUCCAGUUUCUGCCCAGCUUCAAGAUAUUGAAGGAAAAAUUGACCAAUUCAUUAUUCCUAGAGAGACCCUCGUCCUUUAUGCCCUUGGUGUGGUACUUCAGGAUCCUAAUACUUGGCCAUCUCCACACAAGUUUGAUCCAGAUCGGUUUGAUGAUGAAUUGGUAAUGAAAACUUUUUCCUCACUUGGAUUCUCAGGCACACGGGAGUGUCCAGAGUUGAGGUUUGCAUAUAUGGUGACCACAGUACUUCUUAGUGUAUUGGUGAAGAGACUGCACCUACUUUCUGUGGAGGGACAAGUUAUUGAAACAAAGUAUGAACUGGUAACAUCGUCAAGGGAAGAAGCUUGGAUCACUGUCUCAAAGAGAUAUUAAAAUUUUAUGCAUUUAAAAUCAUUGUUAAAUUGAUUGAGGAAAACAACCAUUUAAAAAAUCUGAGUUGAAUCCUUUUAUAAACCAGUAACACUUUGUAAUAUAAACACCUAUUUGUACUUAAUUUUG